AUAAAAAAAAAAAAAAAAUGCCAAUCAUGGAAAUUAGGCCGUAUGAGGAUGAUAUAGCAGCACUAUUUGAGGCAUCUCAGAGGGGUUGUGUUUCAACUUUAAACACACUGAUUCAAAGAGAUCCUCUCAUUCUUGAUAAGCUUUCACUCACCUCCCUCACAGAAACUCCAUUGCAUAUCUCAGCCUUGCUUGGCCACCUUGCUUUCACUCAAAUCCUUCUCACUCUCAAACCAAAACUUGCUACCGAAUUGGACAUCUUCAAACGCACACCCCUCCACUUAGCAGCCGCCGAGGGUUGCAAAGAAAUUGUCCAAGAAUUAUUGAGGGUGAAUCACCAUUUAUGCAAGUUCCGAGACCAGGAUGGCAGAGCUCCUCUGCAUUAUGCAGUGAUGAAAGGACGAGUUGGUGCAGUGGAAAGUCUCAUCUGUGGUUGUCCAGAAUCGAUUCUGAUGCCCGUGGACGGAGGAGAAACGGUUCUGCAUUUGUGUGUUAAAUAUAACCAGCUGGAAUGUCUCAAGCUUUUGGUUCAAUCACAGAGUGACAAUGCAGAGUUUCUCAACCAAAAAGAUGAGGCUGCUGGAAACACAAUCUUGCAUUUAGCUGCAAUGUUCAAGCAAAUCGAGACUCUAAGAUUCUUGCUUACAAUACCAAGAGUGGCAGAAGCAUCAAAUUCCUUGAAUCACAAUGGUUUUACAGCCCUAGACGUUAUAGAGCAUAGUCCAAAAGACUUCAAAAGCAUCGAAAUUCGACAAGUUUUGAUGGAUGCCGGUGUCAAUAGAAGUGCAAACAACCUCCAAAACGGUAUUCCCCCAUUAACGCAAUCAUCAUUAACAGCUAACAAUGCCAGCAAUUUCCGAGCAGGUGAAUGGGUCAGAUAUGUGCAGCAGAUGUGGUGGCCCAAAUGGAUCAGACAGUGUUUAGGGUAUUCAAGCGAAAAGCCAGUCCUCGAUAGAGCUUCUGGUUUCUUGCAAGAGAUGCACAACACAUUGAUGGUAGUGGCUACAGUAACAGCACAAGUUGCUUUUCAAGCUGCAAAUAACCCACCAGGAGGAGUUUGGCAAGAAAAUAUAUUCAAUUCUACAAAAGGAGGUGCCUAUUGCAAUGAAACCGUAUGUGAAGCUGGAACAGCAGUUUUUGCUUACCACUCAAGAGAUGAUUUCCUCAAAUUUAUAACAUACAACUCGGUGAGCUUCGUUGCUUCUCUGACUGUGAUACUCUUGCUCGUUAGUGGAUUGCCUCUCAGAAACAAGCAUUUUAUGUGGGUUUUGACAUUUGCAGUGUGCACGGUUCUUACUUUCAUGGCGCUUACUUAUAUCUACUGUGUUAGCAUGGUGACCCCUGAUAAACUUACACCAAAGCUUUUUGGUAUGGAAGAUGUAUCUGUUAUCAUUUGGCUUGGCUUGCUCGGUGGUUUUGCAGCAAUUUGUCUACUUCGCUCCAUUGUUUGGCUUGCAAGAAAGUUUUUAUAGGCUUGGUGUUUGUUAUGUAUGGCUAGGCAAAGUACAAAAGAAGAAGGAGAAGAAGAAGAAGAAGAAGGUCCCGUUAAGUUGUGUGUGUGAUUUUAGUUUUGAUUGUUUGUUUAAGUUGAAAAAAAUAAAAACAAGAAAAGAAAGAUAUCAACUUUCUGUUGUUAAAAAGUAAAAUAAUAAUAAUUAUAAUAAUAAUUUGUAAUUUCAUGGCAAAGUGUUUGUAAUUCCAUUUUGAAAUACGUUUUCGCAUAUUAUCCAACA